AUGCACGCCGUUAUCGAGCUUAUUGGGAAUCCAGAGAACGCCAAAGGGUUCGUGCUCGAGCCACGCCAAGUAAACACGGCUGCUGGUCGUGUGUACACGACGCCAGAAACCGGCACGUUCUGGGAAUAUGCGCAUACGGCAGCACAGGCGGAGUAUGGACCUAGGGCGGUGGUGCUUCCGCUCAUUCUCUCAAGCGACGCGACUAUUCUAAGCGGAAAUGAGCGCACCCGAGUGUGGGCGGUGUAUAUCUCCAUCGCUAAUAUCCCGCUGCGGCGUCGAUGGCUUGACUGCGGGAAGAUUCUGCUGGCGAUGCUCCCUUUCGCACCGGACAACACCUCCCCGGCCCAGAAAGUGGAGCUAUUUCAGGCGGCGAUGAAGAUCGUGCUGGCCAAUCUUAUCGUCGCCAGUCACACGCGCAUGCAGACCAUGUAUCCCGACGCACGCCUGGCAGGACUUCGCCCUCCCGGGUCUGGCAGCUACUGGGCCAGUGGCGCAAACUUCACCGCCAGCGAGCAUGCCUCUGCCAUGAUGGUGCGUUACGCUGUUUUGCGCGCCGGGUUACCGAGCCAGUACUCGGCGGCUGUGUACGAGAACGCACACAUCCGCACGUGCAAGCUGCCCUACAGGACCUCCAACCGACGCCAGCCUCUGCAGGCGAUCGCGGUGCACAACGUGCGCGCCGCAGCACUGGCGCAGCUGACAACGGCCCUUCCAGCCCGCAGCCGCAACCAGACGGCAUUGACUCGGUCUGACCCUAUACCACCCUGUGCGCUACAGGCGCACACGGCAGUGGCGCUGCCGGCGCAGCCAACCGACCACGGGCACAUCAAGCCCCAUUAUGUCCGGGCUGCAGCAUCGCUGCACGGGCGCACGGCUUUCUCCUGCGUGGAGUACGGCUCGGCCCAUGGGCAGACCCAGUACGGGCGGCUGCUCAUGCUGCUGGAUGCAGAGCGUCCGCUCGACGACAGCAGGCAUGAGCCUGUAGAGGUGGCCGUGCUGCAUAGGCUGACCCCCCAGGGCCUCGAUGAGUGCACAGGCUGCCAGAUGCUCGGCCCACCCGGGUACUAUCGCGGGCUCGCUGUCGUCCCCAUUUCCUAG